GGCCGGCGCGGGCCGCCGUAGUCCGGUGAAGUUCCUUCCGGGGUUGCAGACAGCAGCCCUCGCGCGCGUGCGCAGCAGCGGCGGCGGCGUCUCGAGUUUGUCCCGCGCGUCCCCUGCCCCCCCCAGUCGCCGCCGCCAUGAGCGACAAGGGGGAGCUGGACCUGACCGGGGCCAAGCAGAACACGGGCAUGUGGCUGGUCAAGGUCCCAAAAUAUUUGUCACAACAGUGGACUAAAGCUUCAGGAAGGGGUGAAGUUGGAAAACUGAGGAUUGCCAAAAAUCAAGGAAGAACAGAAGUGUCAUUUACUUUGAAUGAAGAUCUUGCAAGUAUCAAUGAUAUUGGAGGAAAACCUGCUUCAGUCAGUGCACCCAGAGAACAUCCAUUUCUUUUACAAAGUGUGGGAGGACAAACAUUAACAGUGUUUACAGAAAGUUCAGUAGAAUGCCAGCCAGAAGAAAAAUCUGAGAGCAAUGCUGACAAACUGUCAUUGGAAGGAAUAGUGGUACAGCGUGCUGAAUGCAGACCUGCAGCCAGUGAAAACUAUAUGAAACUUAAAAGAUUGCAGAUAGAAGAAUCUUCUAAACCUGUAAGACUAUCGCAGCAACUGGACAAAGCUGUAACAACCAAUUAUAAACCUGUGGCUAAUCAUCAGUAUAAUAUUGAGUAUGAAAGGAAGAAGAAAGAAGAUGGAAAAAGAGCUCGAGCUGACAAACAGCAAGUGUUGGAUAUGCUUUUUUCAGCAUUUGAAAAGCACCAGUAUUACAACAUUAAAGAUUUGGUGGAUAUAACCAAACAGCCUGUGAUAUAUUUGAAAGAAAUUUUAAGAGAAAUAGGCAUCUACAAUGUUAAGGGGACCCACAAAAACACAUGGGAGCUGAAGCCAGAAUACAGACACUAUCAAGGAGAAGAUAAGAGUGAUUAACAGAACUGUUCAUAAAGCAACAAGCAGGCUGGAACCUCACCAAGGGAGCACUGCAGUUACACAGAUAGAACUGAGCACAGCUUCAGUGCUAUAUUAAAACACCAGAUACUUUGUAAUUUCCCUAGCUUCAUUUUUAAAAAGGAAAAUAUUUCUUGGAAGUUUCUAUAAGUGUUUGUUUUUGACAAAAAUAUUUAUAGAAUAAACUUGUAUUAGAUUUAUCUUUAUUAGAAAUCUCUUGAGUUUGGGUUUUGAUUUAUUUUUUAAUAGUAUUGUGGCUUUUUUAAGCAUUGCUAACUUUAAAGCAAAACGUAUUUUGGAGGAAGACAUGACCAUAUGUUUUGCAUUCCAGCAGGACUGCAUCAACAUGACCACUUCUACGGUAUUCUUUAGGGGCCUGAUUCUGCGACCCAUAAUGGUCAUAACUGCUGACUGGGAGUUAUUACGUUCUGCACCUCUCAGGAUGCACCUUUAAGAAAAAUAACAGCUAUGACACACAUGGUGAUUUUUUGUGGGAAUAAGUUAUAGUCCAUUAAAAAUGGUUCUCUCACGUACAGAUUAAGGCAGAGGAGGUAGACCACUGCAAUUUGUCUUUGCUGAGGGAAAUCUGCCCUUUGUCCUUUCGAGUGCAGCAAGGAACAAGUGUAUUUUUGUUGGGUUUUUUUUUAAAUGUUAUCAUGUUUUAUGUUUGGACUUAUCAAUAAAAAUAGAAUUUUCAUUUGUACCAAAUAAAAUGAUAUAAAUUA